AUGGAGGAGAAGUUAGAACACAUCAGUGGAGACAUCUCCACCCUUACAGACAAAAUCACUGCUAUAGAGACGGCCAUGGAGACCGAAGACACCUCCUUUUUAAAGAGCUACAAGAACAUCAAGGAAAGAGCCCAGUGCACACUGCAGGACCCAGAGCUGCUCUCAGGGGCGUUGAUAGAAGUGGCCAAACACCUGGGCAACCUGAAGUUCAGAGUCUGGGAGAAGAUGCUGGGGAUUGUGCAGUACACUCCUGUGAUGCUGGACCCCAACACUGCACGUGCCAGUCUCUCUCUCUCUGAUGAUCUGACCACUGUGAGAAACACAGAUACAGCACAGUACUGUCCUGAUAACCCAGAGAGGUUUAUUCGCUGUCCAUGUGUGCUGGGAUCUGAGGGGUUUACCUCAGGGAAACACAGCUGGGAAGUGAAGGUUGGGAAUAAACCUAAAUGGACUAUAGGAGUGGCGAAAAAGUCCAUCAACAGGAAGGGAGAUGUAACAUGCAGCCCAAAGAAAGGAUUAUUUUGCAUAAUGCUGAGGAAUGGUGAUGAGUACUAUGCAUCAGGAGGUACUGUCCUCACACUGGAGAGGAAACCCCAGAGCAUCAGGGUGCAGCUGAACUAUGACAGGGGGGAGGUGUCCUUCUUCAACUCCAGUGACAUGUCACUCAUUCAUACUUUUAAAGACACAUUUACUGAGAGAGUGUUCCCAUACUUUGGUCCCUGUGUGAGAGAUGGUGGUAAGAAUGAUGAACCCCUGCAAAUCAGCCCAAUGAAUGUCUAUGUAACAGUGACGUCAUUCCAGUGAAUGCGUUAAAAAU